AUGGCUUAUCCAGAAGAUGCCCUAGAUUUUGCCCAAGCGUAUGUUGGAGGGCGCUGUCGACCCAUGGACGAAGACGCUUGCGAUGAUGAGGAUCUUGGCGUAAAAAUUGGCAUAGCCAGAGUGUACUUCGACGAGUUUUUCUAUCAUAAGUGCCAUGGUAAACAAAAUUUGGCUCUAAUAGAAUUACAAGAAGACGUACCUGCAGAAUAUCAUCAUGUUUGCCUUCCUUUUCUUUACGAUGCUGAAAAGCUGGCUAGAAGUCCUGAUCUGAGAAUGACCUCUUACGGGUACACUACGGAUCGUAAGAACCACUUCAGUUUGCUUAAUUGAUU